AUAAUUAAUUUAUCAUUAACUGGUAAACCAGUGUAUUUGUAUAUUGAUUACAUUGAUAACGCAGCUUGGAUAAAUUUAGCUAAAAAUGCAAAAGAUGCAGCAGACAAAUUAUUCGAUUUAAAAAAUUGUUUAGAUAAUACUAAUAUAACGGGGUUAACUUUAAGGAAUAUGAAUAGUGAUCCACCUAAUGAUGUUCAGUUUGAUAAAACAUUUUUCGAUAAUUUGAAACAAUUUGUUACUGAAUUAAAAACAAAACCUGUUACUCCUGAGGUUGGACUUUAUGUGAAUGCAACCAGCAUGAUGUAUUAUAGUAAUAAUCCUAAUGUUCCAGGUUGGUUCAAUUUUGCUGACUGGAUGAAUGAUCUUAUGGAUUAUUAUAUAAUUGGUUUUGAUAAAUUUAAUCCUUGUAAUGACCAGUUUAAGAGUGGGAUCGUUCCAUUAAAUGACAGUAAUGUUCAGACAAAUAAUACCUUGACGGCAUUCGCUAAUGUUUUAAAAAGCUCAAACAUUGCAAAAGACAAAAUUUAUCUUGAAUUUUCAGUGAGCCCGAUCACAGAUCCAGAAAUAUCUGAUAAUAUACCCAAAUGUUACGUGUCAUAUAAAAAAUAUUGUGAUCCUGAUAACACUCAGAAGUAUGAUCUUUACUGGUGUGCUGAUAACGCCGAUUCAUUUUUUCAAAAAGGUAAAUUUGCAAGCGACAUAAAAGCAAAAGGAAUAGUAGCAAAAAAUAUCGAUUUAAGUGACCCAACUGGGAAUUGUGGUUGUGAUAAUCAAAAUCAGUUUAUUACUUUUUCAAUGAUUUUACGUGGUUUUUUAAAUCAAGCUCCUAUCACAGACUGUGAGAAAUUGAAAAAUACUGCUAUCUAAUAAUAAUAUGUUUCUGUUAUAACUCUGAAUUUUUAAAUAAA